AUGGAAACAUUACACGAGAAUUCCGAGUUCAAGGUCCCCAUGCGGCCGAUUCAAGAUCAGGCUGAAUCUCAACAAGUAUUUCAGUGGCAAAAAGUUACCAGGUUCUUCGGCAAGAGGAAGGAAUCACUGUCCAAUGCCGCCAGCUUCCCAAAGUACAAAAUCUCCUUCAAAAAAGAAUACGUUUACAAAAUUAACCGGCAGAUCCUGUCUAAUAUCUCCACCAAGGCGGGCUCCGUCUAUCCUUGCAUCGACCAGGAUGAGUCUGCAGACAACACCGUGACCCAGUUCUUCGUGUCGACGGGUUACAGUUACCGGGGGCUACUGUUCCCCACCUUAAACCACUCCUUCAGAUCUAAGGAGCUGGAGAAACUGUACCAAAGCUACUUCGCCCGCCAACGGCGGAAUUCUGUCGUGGUGAUGAACUUGAUAGACUGCUUGACCAAGCUCACCAUUCUGAUGGUGUAUUAUUUCCUAUCGCCCCAGCUGGUCGAACCCACGAAGAGUGGGCUAACGGGCCUCAUCAUCCUCUUUUCAGCAAUGCUGUGUUUCAUGGUCCAGGCCGGCAAAGACGCCAUCUCGCACAACUACCUGCAAUACAUUGGCCUCGCCACCUGGUUCUACCAGACUCUACAGAUUCUCCUGGUGGUGGGGGUGGGCUUGGAGACCAACGAGACGUGGUACAUUCUCUACAUUGUGUUCGGCACCUAUACCAUGCUGCCUCUGCCGCUGCUCUGGAGUAUCCUAGCUGGUACCCUCUCAUCAGUCGGCCACCUACUCGUCGAGGGAUUCCGCUACUCACAAGGUGUAAUUUUCACUCACCAGAUCUCUGUCAAAGUGCUUUUGUUGGCUUGCAUGAACAUCAGCAGUCUCUUUAUCAGUUAUCUCACUGACCGGGCACAGCGAUUGGCUUUCCUGAAAACUAGACGGAGUAUUGAUGGCAGGCUGCAAUUGGAGAAAGAAAACGAAAGACAGGAGAAGUUGGUACUGUCCGUGCUCCCACAGUUUAUGAUGCUUGAGAUCGUUCGUGACAUGUCUGAAGACGUGAGAAUGCUGCAAGGUUUCCACAAGAUCUACGUGCACCAGUAUGAGAAUGUCAGUAUAAUAUUUGCAGAUAUCAAGGGUUUCACCAACUUAUCGAUUGUUCUGCCACCACAUGAACUUGUCCUCUUGUUGGAUGAACUCUUUGGGCAGUUUGAUGACCUUGCUGAGAAGCACGGCUGUCUGCGAAUUAAGAUUCUUGGGGAUUGCUACUAUGCGGUGGCUGGAUUGCCUGAACCACGCGCUGACCAUGCUCACUGCUGUGUGGAACUGGGUCUGGGUAUGAUCCAAGCAAUUCGGAAGAUCCGCUUGAGUUUUCACUCAGACAUGGACAUGCGGAUCGGAAUCCACUCGGGGUUUGUCCUGUGUGGGGUGCUGGGUCUGCGCAAGUGGCAGUUUGAUGUCUGGUCACUAGAUGUACACAUUGCCGAUGAGAUGGAGAACUCUGGUCAGCCUGGGCGAGUCCACAUAUCCGAAGCUACGUUACAGUGUUUAGAAGGCGAUUAUCAAACGGAAGAGGGAUUUGGCCAUCAAAGGAGCAGCCUACUGGCACAGUAUAAUAUCCGGACUUACUUCAUCAAGCAGCCGUCACACUUAGCCAUAUCAAAACGAAGACAGUCCAGCAUCAGUCGUCCGAUCAUGAUGCAGGAGCGGAAGAGGGAGAACACCCACUGCAGCGUGCUGCAGAUAGACAACAACCUGCUGCAUUUGAUGGAGUCUGAGACCCCCUGGAGGCUUGACCAUCCCUUUAACAGGAUCACCAGCUUGAAUAAAAUCAUGGCGGCCCUGAUAAAGAAAUGUAAGAGAAAGGUAGACAGAUCUAAGGCUCAGCAUCACAACCCUGCCAGAUUUACUGAGGUGAACACGAGAGUUGAGAAUGCCAUUCAGUUGCGUAGCAGUGACAGACUACGGGCAGCCUACAUCAACGAGGUCACUCUGGCCUUCAAGGACCAUGACAUCGAAAAGAAGUAUCGCAGGAUCCGAGAUGAUGUGUUCACCUCCAGCAUGGCCUGUACCCUCCUCAUGCUGCUGUUUACCAUUGCCGUACAGAGUUUGUUUACAGUGCCCGAGGAAGAGAUGAGGCUCGGCCAUUUCAUCUGCAUCGUGCUCAUCCUCUGCUGGCUUCUGUGCUGCACCAUGGCUGAGGGAUUUGCCUGCCUCCCGAAGGCCAUGCACGAAUUGUGCUGUUGGAUACAGGAGACAUACAGUGUGCGGACCACCAUCAUGGUCUUCUCCAUCUUGAUUAAUUUCAUCUCAUCCAUUUAUGACAUGGUUUGGUGCCUGAAUUUGAACUGGUUUGAAGAGAUUGGGUAUAAUGUGACCAAGUGGACAAACUCUAGCACGUGGGCAAAGAGCAUCUGCAGUCAGCCGGAGGGCUCGGCAGGAUGCGCUCCACACCCUGGAGACGAACUGGGGACCGCGGUCCGAGACGAUGUCGGCGGGGAUUCCGUGGAGGCGGAAGACGUGGCGGACAAGGAGGUCAGCGGUCUCUCGGGCCGAGGGGAGCCUACAAAAUGCACAGCUUUCGAAAACCUGUCCACCACGGGGCAAAGCGAUCCAUCUUUCUUCUCCACAAAGAACCCGGCGGCCACAGGGGAGGAAGAGGGGCUGAUGAGGCCGGCUGCGAGAGACUCGCCCAGGACUACUGUUAAGGGCGGAGUGCGGUGGGUUACCCGAGCCAGCAGCCUACCGUCCAGGCCCCGGGCCUCCAAGGGGGUGGUGAGUGGUUCCCGAGGGAUUCCGGCCCGGGCGGCUACGUCCUCAUCCAACAGAUUCCCCUCAGCGCCGGAAUCAACUAGGGCCGAUAGGGGCAAGGACUGUUGCUGGAAAAUCACAGUGGCCGGGUUUGGGGGGCUGAAGGGAGUAUUGUCCACCCCAGCUGCAUUGGUUCUUCUUCAAGGACAGAUGGAGCAGGAAGGACGCUUAGAGGAGCCAGGGAAGGGGAAUUGGUGGAAGGUAGGGAAACAGGGCGUGGAUUUGCCCGAGGAGCUGGGUGACCUAGUCUUUUCCCUUCGACGCUCACGCAACCGGUCAUCCAGCCUGGUCGCUAAAGAGAUUAACGCGUCCAGGCUGUCCGUGUCAUCUUUCGCUGCCAGUUCGUCCUUAAUCCUUUCUGCGAGACCCUGUGGGAACACCUCCCGUAGGGCCUCGUCGUUCCAUCCCGAGUCGGCUGCGAGGUUUUUUAUGCUGGUUGGUGUGCCAACCAUUGUCACUUGCGCUGUCUUUCUCCAUCUGCAUUCGGUUGUGAAGAUGUUGUGUCUUGCAGUGAUCAUGGCCAGCUACAUCUACAUUACUGAAGUCACCCUGGAUCAUGAUAAUCCUCAAACAUCAGUGACCAGUGUCUACGUCAAGUGGCAUCGAGGAAUCAUCGUCGUGCUGAUGUUAAUGUUUGUCAUAACUGUGUUUUACCAUGGGCGACAGGUCGAGUCAACAGCACGACUGGACAUCCUAUGGAGGCUGCUGGCCAAAAUGGAGGUGGAGCAGAUGGCGGAGUUACGGCAACACAAUGAGAACCUGCUCAACAACAUCCUGCCAAGCCACGUGGCACACCACUUCCUGAACCGGGAACCAGACAACGAGGAUCUUUAUUUUGAGUCACACAAUGAUGUGGGGGUUCUGUUUGCAUCUAUCCCAGAAUUUAACGCCUUUUACUCACAGGCAGAGAGCAACCAGCAGGGAAUGGAGUGCUUACAGCUGCUGAAUGAGAUCAUUGCUGACUUUGAUGAGCUCCUAAGUGAAGAACGCUAUGAGAAAAUUGAAAAAAUCAAAACCAUUGGAAGCACGUACAUGGCAGUGUCAGGGCUGACUUUACCGAUGGAGGAGAAUCCUGAUGCCUGGCGCCACCUCUGCACCCUGGCGGACUUCUCUCUGGCUCUUGAGAACAUCAUGCUUGAGAUUCAUAAGCAUUCUUCCAUCAACUUCACGCUCCGUGUUGGGUUCAGCCAUGGGCCGGCAAUCUCCGGGGUGAUCGGCGCAAAGAAGCCCCAGUUUGACAUCUGGGGCACGACGGUGAACUUGGCAAGCCGCAUGGACAGCACAGGGGUCAGUGGCAGGGUCCAGGUGCCCGCCCAGACCCAGCAGAUCCUCCACCUUCACGGAUUCGCCCUGCAGUACCGGGGGCCCAUCUACGUGAAGGGUGUGUCGGAGACACAGGGAAAAGUGGAGACCUACUUCCUGACCGGCAGAGUGGAAGAGGGGGUGAAGCACAAGUGGAUGAGGAAGCAAAGUGCACAGCGGACCCUGUCGGCUUUCGUCUCUGGGCUGGUGCAGAAGAAGAACCUGGAAGUGUCCUCCAUCGGGGAGCAGGACAACUGACCCGGGACCCCUGCCUCCAGCAAAAGCCCAGGCCAUGGUCCAGUCAGACAGGAAGUGGCCAUCGAAUUCCAUUGUACAUUGCGGAUUUAGGGAAGACUUUGUAAACGCUGAGAUGAAAUGGUGUGUGACAAGAGACUGAGGUCAGUAGUCACAGAGAUGGCCAGGCUCCCCGGAGUCUCACCACCGCCCUAAUCACUGUCAGAAUCGAUGGGGCUGGCUCCCAGGUGACCAGCAGUGGCCCCAGACUCUCUGCAAGACCUUCAUGCUGUGGGAAACAUGAGGCCUGUACUCAAACAGCCGCUCCUCAUUGUAAGCUGGGGUAGCUGUGAAACGUCUCACAAAGCCUGGCUGGGACUGGGGCAGAGGGAAC